CGCGCGGGGCGGGGGAACCCGCCCGCCUGCCCCUAACGGCACGGCGUCCAAACGCCAACGGCGGCAGCGCGCGGGCUAUGGCGUUCCUCCGCGCGCUGAAAAACCUUACCUUUCUGACAAUGGUGGUUUAUGAAUGAAGGUAAUUGCCAUCUUCAGUAAUUUGUGGGGAUGAUUACUACAAUCUUUCAGAUUUCAGCAAGAUAGCAUUUGGAUUACUUUAUGUGACUAUAAGUUUAAAGGCUGCAAGAUACCAAGCAUUACUGCAUCAUGUGCUAUUUCUUGAAAAGAUUGCUAUCUUAAGUUUGCACGAAGGUACAUGAGAUUUUAAAGCAGAUGAAACUAUUACUGAUGAACAGCAAAGGUCGGCAAUGGAGAAUGGAGUCCCCAUUUUGGAUUUCAGUUCUUUUACUUUGAGAUACAAAGCUCAGAGGGCAAAUGAAGAGAAAAUGGGAAGAAAGAGUGAAGAAAGUGGAAGAAUUGGCAUCUCACUAUGAAAGAAACCCUCUUCCUCCAGUUUAUAGACCAAAACUGUCCAAACCCUUUCUGCCGUCCUCUGUUUGGAAAAUAUUUUGUCGUCAGGCUGAAGCUUUCAAUUAUGUAAAAACCUGCAAAGAGGAUGUUCACGUAUUUGCCUUGGAAAAGAACAGACAAAGUGGACAGAGGUUUUACCUUGUGACAACAUAUAAAGAGCUUUGGUUUUAUUACACCAAAGGUUAUAAAACAAGUCUUAUGCAUUGCUAUGAAGUCAUUCCUGAAAAAGAUGCUUGCAAACUUUAUUUUGAUUUGGAGUUCUACAAACCAGCAAAUCCUGCUGCUGAUGGCGAGAGUAUGGUUGCAAAGUUAAUUGAGCUUGUCAGCCAAAAAUUAAAAGAACUUUAUGAUGUAAAUUGUUCGGCCAAAGAUGUCUUGAAUUUAGAUUCCAGUACUGAUGAAAAAUUUAGUCGACACUUAAUAUUUCUACCCCAAAAGACUGUAUUUAAGGAUAACAUUCAUGUUGGUAACUUUGUGAGAACCAUUUUGCAGCCUGCCAUAAGGUUAAUGAAGAGCAAAGCUGCUGUUGUGAUUCCAGGAGGAGGAGCAGGAUGUGUUUUCCAGUGUUCUGCUGCAGUGGUUGGAUUAGAUGAUCCUCUUACAAACCUCACAGCCAUCGAAGAUGCUUCCGAAGGCUGGCCAGCCAUUGCUCAUGAGACAAAGGAUAUGGAAACAUCACACCAGGGAGAAAAUUCAGCAUUUUCCUUUCUCAUAGUAAAUGGUAAAGAUGGAGACAAGCAACUUUUUGUGGAUCUAGGAGUUUAUACAAAGAACAGAAAUUUCCGGAUGUAUAAAUCAUCAAAAGCAGGAAAAAAUGUGAUUCUGAAGAUAGCAGAGGAUAAUCAGUUUGUCCCUAACUGUGAAGAGAAUGUUUCCUUGGAAGAAGCAUAUUUUCUUUCCUCUUUGAUCUGCAACAUCAGAGUGAGGGACGACACAAAGGUUCUGUCAUCUGGCGUUCCAGAGGAGGAGAGAAGAAUGUCUGCUUUUUUAAACAGGAAAACUACCGGAAGCUGUAGAGAUUCCGUGGAAGGUUACCAGGAUUCACCAUAUCCAGAAAUUGAUCAUUUUGUUCGCUCUAUGGUUAAUAAAGACGGGGUGCAAGGAGGGAUACGGCGAUGGAAUUAUUUCUCUCUGGAAGAAAUACUUGUAUAUGAUAUUUCUGGUUACCGUUGGUGUGAAAAUAUUGGAAGAGCUCACAAAAGUAACAACAUAAUGAUUCUGGUGGACCUAAAGAAAGAAGUCUGGUAUCAAAAGUGUCAUGACCCAGUCUGCAGAGAACAAAACUUCAAAUCGCAAAGUUUUCCAUUACCACCUCGGCUCUGUCUCCCUUUUCUUUUCAAAGAGGAAGAAGAGCGUACACUGACGGAUGAAAGGGGGAAGACAGAAGAAAAACUAGAACCACAUGUUAACAUGUUAGACUUGUCAGAAAGCUCAGUAUCUCUAGAAAAAAGCUUGUCUCAAGACUUCCCGUGGUCAGACAGCGAGUGGGACAACACAAGCGACGAUGCCUGUUUCCUAGAAGCUACUGACGACGUGGAACUUGCUGAAGCUGCAAGCGAUAGUCUGAAUUAUGCCAUGGAAGAAAUUCCUGAUGAAGUUCUUCUGGAAGCUUUAGGGCAGCAAGACAUGUGGACUAAAGGCGGCAGCUGAGCACAGACCUGGCUGGCAAACCAACCACCAGUGAUGCAACCUGCUUGAACACAAGGUGCACGAUCGCCUGCCUUCUGCGAAAGGCCCCGCCACGCAGGUCAAAAAUGCUCUUCCAGAGCUGCAAGACAAAGAACUGAGCAACAAGUAUCCUCACAACUGGAUCAUCUUCAACAAGCAUGAGGAGAUCAGGGAAGAUUACACAGGCCUGAAGAGUACUGGACUGAAAACUCGGAAAUUGCUGCUCCAGGUUUAGCACUUUCAGCACUCACUGCUGUACAGUUUGUUUUGUUAGCUGUAUGUCCAAGUUUUACUGAUAAGCCAGUAAAAUAAAUUACUUCCAGAAAUGGGAGGAAAUUUUUUAUUUCAAAUACAAAUUUAAUAAAAAUAUUUAUCUAUCAAUAGUCAACCACU